AUGCAGUUUAGUCGAAGACUUUUUACACUUGCAAAUCAAUUUGAUAAUUAUGCAAAAUUUCAACCUACACCGGUUACACUUAAAAGUCUUAUUGAUUUUGCCGUUGAUGGUGAUAUGAAACAUUCAUAUAAAUUUUUACGUGUUGAAUUACUUGUUCGAUGGUCUCAUAUGCGUAAAGAAAUGGAUUAUAUACCAGCUAAAUUACUUGAAAUGCCAAGUUUGAAAUUAGCAAAUUCAUUAUAUGAUCAAAGUUUUUCAGAAGUUCUUGCAUUUAAAGAUGCUGAACCAGAUGCAACAACACUCCGCAAAUUUACAGAAACAUUAGUUGAAAUUCGUCGACGACAUGCAAAUAUUGUCCCGACACUAGCACGAGCUUAUAUGGAACUUGAAAAAGCAGGUCCUAUUGAUUUAAUAGAAAGAAAUCGUUUACAAUAUUUUUAUGAUCGAUUCUUUAUGAAUCGUAUUGGUAUAAGAACAUUAAUUUAUCAACAUACUCUUUUAUUUGGUAAUGAAUUACCUCAACAUUCACAACAAGCGGGUAUUAUCGAUCCUUAUUGUGAUGUUGCAAGUAUAGUUAGAGAUGCUUAUGCUACGGCAAAACAAUUGUUCGAACGAGCUUCAUAUCCAGUCCCUACAAUUGAAAUUUCGUCUCACAAUGUACAUGAAAACGAAAAGAAUGAUGUGACUUUUGUUUAUAUCCCAGCUCAUCUUUAUCAUAUUAUCUUUGAAUUACUAAAGAAUUCUCUUCGUGCAACUGUCGAACGGUAUGGUCUCGAUGCGAAAGAAUAUCCACCUGUAUGUAUUCGUAUUGUUAAAGGUCACGAAGACUUAACAAUACAAAUAGCUGACAGGGGUGGUGGUGUUCCACGAUCAAAAUUAUCUCAAUUAUUUCAUUAUAUGUACUCAACUGCACCUAAACCUAACUCAGAUUUUACCCUCGAUUCAAAAGGAACACCUAUUGCCGGUCUUGGUUAUGGUUUACCAAUAGCUCGUCUUUAUGCAAAAUAUUUCCAAGGAAAUCUAGCUUUAUCAUCCGUUGAAGGUCUUGGUACUUGGGCAUAUAUUUCGAUUAAAGCAGCAGCAGAGAAUGCAAGUGAAUUAUUACCAAUAUUUAGUAAAAUACGUUACUCAUAUACGACAAAAAAAGGAUCUGAUUGGACAAAGAAAUGA